AUGGGGGACAAAGUCUGUCGGGAAGGUCGGGCACCCCAGAGAAGACAGAAAUCGUUUGUCUGCUCAGAGUGUGGGAAAAUCUUUGUUCGGAAUUCAGCCCUGAAUAACCACAAGACCACACAUACAGGAGAGAAGCCGUUUCAGUGUUCAGUCUGUGGGAAAUGCUUUGGAUAUAAAGCACUUCUUGUUCGACACGGAAGAUCCCACGCAGAAGAAAAGCCAUACAAAUGCUUAGUCUGUGGGAAAACCUUCAGCUGUAGUACCAUCCUUGCCAUCCACGAACGAACCCACACAGGAGAGAAGCCCUACACUUGCUCAGAGUGUGGGAGAAGCUUUAAUCAGAAAACACACCUCAUCAAACAUCAGCGGACUCACACAGGAGAGAAACUGUAUCCCUGCUUAGAGUGUGACAAAAGCUUUACCCGUCGAUCGACCCUUACUGCUCAUAGGAGAAGUCACACGGGGGAGAGACCGUACAAAUGUUCCGAAUGCGGGAGAAGUUUCAGUCAGAAAUCUCACCUGACCACUCACAAGAGGAUUCACACGGGAGAGAAACCACAUACGUGCCCGCACUGUGGGAACUGCUUCAGUCGAAAAUUCGAUCUUCUCUUACAUGAGAGGACGCACACGGGUGAGAAGCCGUACCGGUGCUCGGAAUGUGGGAAGAACUUCUGUCAGAGCUCCCAGCUUUUUGUCCACAGAAGAAUCCAUACCGGAGAGAAACCGUUCAGAUGCUCAGAAUGUGGGAAAAGUUUCCGUUGGGAGGGCAGCCUCAAAGCACACGUGAGAAACCACGCAGGGGACAGGCCGUACGCCUGCUCAGACUGUGGGAAAAGCUACAGCAAAUCGACCCACCUUAUUAGGCACAAGGUGACCCACAUGGGAGAGAAACUGUACAUGUGCCCAGACUGCGGGAAAAGACUUAGUAGUAAGUCGGCUUUAGUUGAGCAUAAAAGGGUACACACGGGGGAGAGACCGUAUACCUGUCCGGACUGUGGGAAAAGCUUUGUUUCAAAUUCAGCUCUUUCUGACCAUCAGACCACCCAUACGGGUGAGAAGCCGCAUCAGUGUUUAGUUUGUGGGAAAGGCUUUGGAUAUAAGGCGCUCCUUAUGAGACAUGAAAUAUCCCAUGUGGACGAAAAGCCCUAUAAAUGUUUAAAGUGUGGGAAAACCUUUGGUACCAGUACCAUCCUCUCAGACCAUGUAAGAAUCCAUACAGGGGAGAAGCCCUAUACUUGCAUAGAGUGUGGUAGAGACUUCACUAAGAGACAUCACCUUCUGAGACACGAGAGGACCCAUACAGGAGAGAAACUCUAUCCAUGCUCAGAGUGUGACAAAAGUUUCAGUUGUAGGUCCAACCUUACAAUCCACGAGAGAACUCAUACUGGAGAAAAACCGUACAAAUGCUCCGAAUGUGGGAAAAGCUUCAGUCAGAGAUCGCAUCUUGGAACUCACAAGAAAAUCCACACUGGAGAGAAACCACACACCUGCUCGCAGUGUGGGGCCAGUUUCUGUCAAAGGUACAAGCUUCUCCUACAUGAGAGGACACAUACAGGAGAGAAACCUUACCGGUGUUCAGAAUGUGGGAAGAGGUUCACUCAGAGCGCACACCUUUUUGUACAUGAAAGAGUCCACACUGGAGAGAAACCGUACAGAUGCUCUGAAUGUGGGAAAAACUUUCGCUGGGAGGACAGUCUUAAGAUACACAUGAGAAACCAUGCUGGAGACAGACCGUAUCUCUGUUCGCUUUGUGGGAAAAGCUACAGUAAGUCAUCCCACCUUAUAAGGCACAAGGAAACCCAUUUAAGAGAGAAACCAUAGUAGUGCUCAGACUUGACUAA